AUGGAGGUUGACAGGAUCCUGACCGCUGCGAAGCCAACGACCGACCUGCUCCUUGGAUCCUCGUCCCUCCUGGCCACAAAGUGGGUGCCGCCUCUCCCCUCGGUGGCCAUGAUGGAUCGGAAAGUGCGCUACUCCCGCUCAGCAGGCCUGGAGUCAACCUCUUUUGUCGCAAACUUAUUCAGUGGGCGCCUGGUCCCCGGAAACAUCUUCCCUUUCCCCUCAGCCCUCUCUCCGGAACAGGCCCAGUCCCUGGAGGCCAUGGUGGAGCCCUGCGCCCGCUUCUUCCAGGAGGUGAACGACGCUGCUGCCAACGAGGAGCUGGGGGGCAUCGAGGAGCCCACCCUGGCCGGCCUGAAGGAGAUGGGCUGCUUUGGCCUGCAAGUGCCGGAAGAGCUGGGGGGUGUCGGGCUGAGCAACACACAGUAUGCCCGCGUGGGGGAGGUGGUCGGGAUGCACGACCUGGGAGUGGGCAUCAGCCUUGGUGCUCACCAGUCGAUCGGCUUCAAGGGCAUCCUACUCUUUGGGACCAAGAGCCAGAAGGAGAAGUACCUGCCCAGGCUGGCAUCUGGGGAGACCUUCGCCGCCUUUUGCCUGACAGAACCUUCCAGCGGCUCCGACGCUGCCUCCAUCCAGACCACAGCUGAGCUCAGUCCCUGCGAGAAGUUUUACACCCUGAAUGGCGGGAAGAUCUNNNCCAGUAAUGGAGGCACAGCAGAGAUCUUCACGGUGUUUGCCAAGACGCCCAUAAAAAACGUCACCACCGGAGAGGUGGCCGACAAGAUCUCGGCCUUCAUUGUGGAGCGAUCCUUUGGGGGAGUGACCAGCGGCCCCCCCGAGAAGAAGAUGGGGAUCAAAUGCUCGAACACGGCGGAGGUGCAUUUCGACAGCGUGAAGGUGCCGGCAGAGAACCUGCUGGGGGGGCCGGGCAGAGGGUUCAAGGUGGCCAUGGCCAUCCUCAACAACGGGCGCUUCGGCAUGGCCUCGGCCCUGGCAGGCACCAUGCGGGGCAUCCUCCUCAAGGCGGUGGACCACGCUGCCCACCGGAAGCAGUUUGGAAGGGCCAUCAGCAGCUACGGGGCGAUUCAGGAGAAAGUGGCGCGGAUGGCCAUGCUGCUCUACGUGACGGAGGCCCUGGCCUACGUGCUGAGCGCCAACAUGGACGCGAGUGUGCCGGACUACAAGCUGGAGGCCGCCAUCAGCAAGAUCUUCGCCUCGGAGGCAGCCUGGGCGGUGGCGGACGAGGGCCUCCAGGUCCUGGGCGGGAUGGGCUACAUGCAGGAGGCGGGCGUGGAGCGCGUCGUGCGGGACCUGAGGAUCUUCCGCAUCUUCGAGGGCACCAACGACGUCCUCCGCUUGUUCGUGGCGCUGGCCGGCCUGGAGCAUGCCGGGGAGGAGCUCCGGAGCCUGCAGAAGAAGCUCUCCAGCCCCAUGGGGGAGAUGGAGGCCAUCUGCAAGGAGGUCCUGGCGCGAGCCAAGCGGAAGGUUGGUCUCCCCACCGGCCUCUCCCUGCAGGGCGCCGUGCACCCGGACCUGGACGACUGCGCUGCCCUGGUCACCAGGGCCGUCGACCUCUUUGGGGAAGCUGUGGAGAGCCUGCUCCUGACCCACGGCCCGGCGGUGGCAGACAAGCAGUUCCUUCUGAAGCGGGUGGCAGAUGCUGCCAUCGACUCCUACACCAUGGCGGUGGUCUUGUCCCGGGCCAGUCGGACGCUGUCUCUCAGGCAGCCCACCGCCGAGCAUGAGAAGCUUCUCUGUCGGACCUGGUGCCGGGAGGCGUUCCAGAGAGUGCGGGCCUCUCUGCAGGAAGCCACGUCCCCCCGGUGGGAGGAAUCCUUCGCCGACAUGAAGCUGAUCUCUGACGCCCUGGUGCAGAACAAGGGCCCCGUGGCCACCCACCCGCUGGGCUUCUGA